GGCAGUGUGGCGGUGGCAGUAAGUGUGGUGUGAGGUUCCCCGCUGUCUCUCUCUCUCUGUCUCACUCGCGCGCGCCGUCUCGAGCAAACGAAACCACCUGCGCCUGGACUUUGAGUGGUGAGAAGAGGAGGGUUCUGACUCCCUACUGGUGCUUCAACCCGCCCUCCCUCCCUUCACGACACAAUGAGGCUACGCUGGAUACUGCUGGGGGUUGUGUUGCUGGCCGCUCUCACCACAUCCCUAGAGCAACGCAGAACUUCGAGAUUCAGAGGCAGACUAAGGGCAGGACAGGCGACGUCAGCUUCCGUUCAGACUGAAACGGCAGUGAACGCGGUGGGGCGAAGGCGACUGGCGACGGGAACCUCAACGAACACUGUGAGCAGGAGAAGGCAGAGCGGCGGCACCUCCAGGAACAGAGUAAGGGUACGCCCUCGCAUCAACUCGGCAGCGGGAAGAAGAAGAGACGAUGAUGACAACGGCAAUGGCAACGAUAAUGGCAAAUCCGGAGACUCAGACUACAAGGUCGUUUGCUACUACACCAACUGGUCGCAAUACAGACAGAAGAUCGGCAAGUUCCUCCCAGAGCACAUCGACCCCUUCAUUUGCAGCCACAUCAUCUACGCCUUCGGGUGGAUGAAGAAGGGCAGGCUCUCCUCCUUCGAAGCUAACGACGAAACUAAAGACGGCAAGACUGGAUUUUACGAGCAAGUGAAUGGACUCAAGAAGCAGAACCCCAAGUUAAAGGUUCUUCUCGCCCUUGGUGGAUGGUCCUUUGGUACCAAGAAAUUCAAGGACAUGUCAGCCACGAGAUACACGAGGCAGACCUUCAUCUUCAGCGCCAUUCCCUUCCUGCGAGAACACGACUUUGAUGGUCUUGAUCUUGACUGGGAGUACCCGAAAGGAAACAUCGAUAAGGCUAACUUCGUCCUGCUCCUGAAGGAACUGUACGAGGCUUUCGAGGCAGAGGCGAAAGAAACAGGAAACCCCCGACUGCUCCUUACUGCUGCUGUUCCUGUCGGUCCUGAUAAUAUUAAGGGAGGAUAUGAUGUGCCAGCUGUCUCCAGGUACCUCGACUUCAUCAACGUCAUGGCCUACGAUUUCCAUGGCAAGUGGGAGAACACAGUCGGCCACAAUGCCCCGGUGCAUGCCCCCUCUGAGGACAGCGAGUGGAGGAAGCAGCUCUCUGUCGAUCACGCAUCCAACCUGUGGGCCAAGCUGGGAGCACCAAAGGAGAAGCUGAUCAUCGGCAUGCCAACCUACGGCCGCACCUUCACUCUCUCCAACCCAGCACGCAACUCGGUCAACUCCCCAGCCAGCGGUGGAGGCGAGGCAGGGAAGUACACAGGCGAGGAAGGAUUCAUGGCAUACUAUGAGGUAUGUGAGCACCUACGGACUGGAGGUGAGUACAUCUGGCACGAGGAGAUGCAGGUGCCGUACAUGGUGAAGGGCAAGCUCUGGGUUGGCUUUGAUGACGAGCGCGCCAUUCGGAACAAGAUGAACUGGCUCAAGAAGGGAGGAUUUGGAGGCGCAAUGGUCUGGACGGUGGACAUGGACGACUUUACCGGUGAAGUCUGCGGUGGUGGUGUCAAGUACCCUCUCAUCGGUAUCAUGACAGAGGAGCUGCUGGGAAGACCACGAGGAGGCAAGGAUGUGGACUGGGCAGCGGUGACCAAGACCUCCAUUGCGAGACCCACUACCCUGCCACCACCCAUCUCUGUUAACCCCAUGGAGGUGAUCCGGGAGUACCAAGCCACUCUAAAGCAACAGCAGAUCAGCUCACGUAUUGACAUCAUUGACAUCUUACCUGAACUGCCAAAGGAUGCCCCUAAGGUAAUGUGCUACUUCACCUCAUGGUCUGUCAAGAGGCCUGGCGCUGGAAGGUUCGAGGUGGAAAGUAUCGAUCCCUUCCUCUGCACCCAUGUUAUCUAUGCCUUUGGUGGGAUGGAUAACUACCGCCUGGCUCCGGGUCACCCCUCUGAUGUUGGCGACGGAUUCAAGGACGGAACUUACACUCGCCUCAUGAAGCUCAAGGAAAAGAACCCGAAUCUCAAGAUCCUGUUGGCCCUCGGUGGAUGGUCUUUUGGAUCCAAGCCUUUCCAGGACCUUGUUUCAAGCCAGUACAGAAUGAACGGCUUUGUGUACGACUCCCUGGAAUUCCUUCGCACUCAUGAGUUUGAUGGACUGGACAUUGACUGGGAGUACCCAAGAGGACCAGACGACAAGGCAAACUAUGUGAAUCUUCUCAAGGAACUUCGUAUUGCCUUUGAAGGAGAGGCAUCAUCCACUGGCCAUUCCCGUCUCCUCCUCUCUGCCGCUGUACCUGCCUCCUUUGAAGCUCUGGCUGCUGGCUAUGAUGUGCCAGAGAUCAGCAAGUACCUGGACUACAUCAACGUCAUGUCCUACGAUUUCCAUGGCAUGUGGGACAACGUGGUGGGACACAACUCUCCCCUGCUGCCCCUCGAGACAGCCUCCUCCUACCAGAAGAAGCUGACCAUGGACUACAGUGUCAAGGAGUGGAUGAAACAGGGGGCACCAGCACAGAAGAUCAUGGUCGGAAUGCCAAUGUACGGUCGCUCCUUCACCCUCAAGAACACCACACAGUUUGACAUUGGAGCUGAGGUGAUGGGAGGUGGACAUGCUGGCCGGUACACGCAGGAGGAGGGAUUCAUGGCUUACUAUGAGGUGUGUGACUUCCUGUACGAGGAGAACACUACGCUGGUGUGGGACAACGAGCAGCAGGUUCCCUUCGCCUACAAUGGGGAUCAGUGGAUCGGCUUUGAUGAUGAGCGCUCUCUUGGUGUUAAGGGUGACUGGCUCAAGACGAAGGGUCUGGGUGGAGUGAUGAUCUGGAGUGUUGACAUGGAUGACUUCCGAGGCAACUGUGGCACUGGCAAGUACCCGCUGCUUGCCUCACUCAAUGAAAUGAUUUCCAACUACUCUGUGGCACUCACCUAUGAGGGCCCCUAUGAGAACACUGGCACUCUGCAUGGAACCAGUGCCAAGAAGGACCCCAAUGUGAUUUCCUGCGACGAGGCGGACGGACACAUCAGCUACUAUGAAGACAAGCAGGACUGCACACGUUAUUUCAUGUGUGAGGGGGAGAGGAAGCACCACAUGCCCUGCCCUGUCAACCUGGUGUUCAAUGCAGCCCAGAGCGUGUGUGACUGGCCUGAGAAUGUCCCUGGGUGUGAGACGGCCAUUUCCAACCCUGCAGCGCGGUGAACAUUUUCAAACACUGAUUCUUUUUAGCUUUUAAUGUGAAAUUUCUCUAUCGGAUUUUUUUUCUCUGGUUGGUUUUGUUUUUUUUAUAUGAAUUGCAAACUUUUAAGGUCUUCUAUAUAUGAGAAUGUUUGUUUUCUUUUGGUUUUUAUGAUUUUUUGUAUAUAUUUACAAAUUAUUAGUUUUGUUAUUUUUAUUUUAUUAUUUUUAGAUGAGAUAGGUAAAGUACGGAAGAAAAUUAUUAUUAUUUUUUUUUAUUCAUUUACGAAUGAGGAAAGGAUCUGAUCGAGAGAAAAAAAAACAAGAAAAGAUCAUUGUCGUUUACUUCACAAGAUCAGAUAAGGCAUUGAAAUAUCGUCUUUUAUUUAUCUGUAUUUCAUUUAUCGUUAUAUCCUUUAUCAUAUAUAAUUAAACGUAUAACAAAUGCAUGACUUCUAUUACGUAUGAAUGUGUAUGAAUUUUUUUUUUUUGUGAUAAUCCUCCAUUACA